AUGCGUGCUGAUACCAAUAAUUGUAUUGAUAACCAGAAGGAUGCUGGUUUUGAUCACAACUAUGAGGAAAUGUCUCCCACGGAGAUGCUACUGCGGCAGCUGACAAUUUUCCGACGGCAAAAGAAUGUGGAUCCUUCGUGGAAACAGCAAGCCAAAGACGGUGCAGUUCAUCCCUGGAUACUGAUCCUGUAUGUGGCAUCUUCCUUUUUCUAUUCUGCCGCGGGAAUUGUCCUCCUUGUACACGACGAUACCCUCCGACGGGCUGUAUCGUCGUUCUACUACCCCUGGACACCCUUUGGAAUUUACUUUAUCCUUCAGGGAUUCGUCACGCACUGUUCCGACACGGUAUAUAUUGAUCGUCUCUCCUGGUGGCAUCCGACCGACCGAAUAUGUGCUCUGUGUGGGAUACUCUUUACUUGCAGCAGUCUUCUAGUGCUGCUCAUGAACGCUCUAGACCAAUACUUGGCAGGAAUUAUGGUCUAUCUUUUUGGAGCAAUCCUGUCCAGUGCGGCGUUUGCCUUGGAAUGGACACGUAAAGCAGCCAAGGAUAUUGCAGGAUUUGCUCUUUGUCAUGCUGCCUGGCACGUAUUUGCUCCAACCGGUUUGAUCAUCAUGAUCUUGACCAUGAAAUGA